GGAUGUGAGCAAACAAGAUACAUGCAAUAUAAAUGUCCAUCACUAUUCCUUGCCACUCAAUUUGCAUACAGUGUAUGUGAUGCCCCAUGAACUCAGAAUUCAGGCAGACUGGAGAUGCCUGGGAGUUCAGCAAGACUCAAAGCAAGUACCAGGAAAGCAUGUUAUAUAUGCAACUGAGUAACCAGGGUGCUGACAGCCACGAGAAACCACACUUUCCUCAAACCAGAACUUGCUUCAAACACAGAAAAGAGACAAUGGCUUUCUAAGAAAUACCAAUGACCAAGGAAUCUUAUCCUAUCCUUCCUUACUUGCGUAACUUCCCUAUACUACCCAACCACUGACACUGAAAUGAUACAGAAGGAAAAGGAGACAGGGCUCUCCACAGUUCCUUUUCUCUUCAGUCCUUCCUUACUCCCAGUAAGCCAAUGGAGUAAGUACUGGUAGGAGGUAUAUGUAUCAAGAAGUGAAAUAAAAACAGUUGCAUUAAUUUUGGACAGCAUUUCCACUGUUCUGGUUAAGAACAAAAUACAGGAGAGCCGGGGCAGGGCGGGGGGAGGGAGGGCGGGUCGGAAAGCGAGGCCCACGCCUGUGCAUCUAGUGACUAGAGGUAGGUACCUACCUCUCUCUGAGCUUCUGUUUCAACUGCAAUGAGUGGCUCUCCAGGGUGUGGGCCACUUCUUCCAGGGGUUGGUGGAGAAGAAGCGCAAGGGCACCGAGCUUCUCUUAAAGAUGCAAAACCAGCGUGGCGGCCGCAUUGUCCUCCAGGACGUGCUGAAGCCUCCCAAAGUGAGUGGGGUGAAACUCAGGACGCCGUGGAAGUCGCCCUGGCCUUGGAGAAGAACCUGAACCAGGCCCUUGUGGAGUUGCAGGCCGUGGGUUCUACCCAUGCAGACCCUCAGCUCUGUGACUUCCUGGAGAACCACCUCCUGGAUGAACAGGUGAAACUCAUGAAGAAGAUGGGCGGCCACCUGACUCACCUCCACAGGCUGGCCGGGCCCCAGGCUGGGCUGGGCGAGUAUCUCUUUGAAAGGCUCACCCUCAAGCUCUCCUAGGAGCCUUUGGAGCCCAGAGGGUCCCCUCUGUGUUCCCAUGGUGUCUGGCUUUUGCCUGGGCCUCUCCCAGAAACCACUAGCCAUUCUUUUAACCACCCUGGAGCCUUCUCCCAGGCAUUGGACCAAAUGGAAAGAGUAAAGCUGUUUGCAGCAAAGAAAAAAUAAAAAGAAUCCAAGCUUUUGGCCAUGGCCAGGUGGUUCAAUUGAUUAGAGCGUCGUCCCGAUAUGCCGAGGUUGAGUGUUCGAUCCCUGGUCGGGGCACAUGCAAGAAACAACCAGUGAAUGCAUACUUAAGUGGAACAACAAAUCAAUGUCUCUCUCUCUCUUUCUCCCUUCCUCUCUAAAACCAAUCAAUAAAAAGCGAGCUGGUUUGGCUCAGUGGAUAGAGCAUUGGCCUAUGGACUGAC